CACGGUUUGACCAAUCACAGUGAAGUACCGGCGCUCGUCAACCAAUCACCAUAAUCUUUAUUGAGUUUGACCGUUCUGCAGCUGCAACGAUAAUUCAGAGAGAAAUUAGUCCGUCUGACCUCAUCACCAUGGCCUCUGGAGCUUUGUUCCCCAGCAUGGUGUCUGGGUCCCGAGGCUCAUCCAGCAAGUACCUGGUGGAGUUCCGGGCCGGUAAGAUGACUAUGAAGGGCAGCACAGUGACCCCUGACAAGCGCAAAGGGCAGGUCUACAUCCAGCAGACGGACGACUCCCUCAUCCACUUCUGCUGGAAGGAUCGGACAACUGGGAACGUCGAUGAUGACCUGAUCAUCUUCCCUGAAGACUGCGAGUUCAAACGGGUGAACCAGUGCACCUCUGGACGCAUUUAUGUGCUGAAGUUCAAAGCUGGCUCCAAAAGGCUCUUCUUCUGGAUGCAGGAGCCAAAAACUGACAAGGACGAGGAGUACUGCCGUAAAGUGAAUGAGUAUCUGAACAACCCGCCCAUGCCAGGCGCUCUCGGUAGUGGCGGCAGUGGAGGACAUGAUCUGUCUGCUCUAGGAGGGGAGGGUGGCCUGCAGAGCCUUCUGGGUAACAUGAGCCACAACCAGCUCAUGCAGCUCAUAGGACCAACUGGACUGGGGGGCAUUGGUGGUCUCGGGGCGCUCGCUGGUCCAGGCUUGGCCAACGUCCUGGGAGGCGGCGGCGGAGCCAGCAACUCCUCAACAAGCCCAUCCACAGCCGUAACCCUCACCUCCACUUCUGCUGCCGCUCGGCUCGCCUCUACCCAAGCGCCCCCCCACCCCCCCGCCACCUCAGCACCCUCCCCCACAGCCACCACCACCACCUCCACUCCUGCUGCGUCCUCGCUGGCAGCGGGGUCUACCACCCCCACGCAGCCUAUCCAGCUGAGAGACCUGCAGAGCAUCCUGGCCACCAUGAACGUGCCUGCUAGUAGCCAGGGAGUGGACCUCGCCAGCGUCCUGACACCUGAGGUCAUGGCUCCCAUCCUGGCCAACCCUGAGGUGCAGCAGAGGUUGAUGCCCUAUCUGCCCUCUGGAGAGUCCCUGCCUCAGAGCUCAGAGGAGCUCCACAACACACUCAGCUCACCUCAGUUUCAGCAGGCUAUGAGCAUGUUCAGCAGCGCUCUGGCGUCCGGCCAGUUAGGCCCUCUGAUGAACCAGUUCGGCUUGCCCGCAGAGGCCGUUGAUGCAGCUAACAAAGGAGAUGUGGAGGCUUUUGCCAAAGCCAUGGAGACAGAGACCAAGUCAGACCACGACGAAGACUCCAAAGACAAGAAAGAUGACGAUGAAGACAUGAGUUUGGACUAAGAAUUCUUACUUAUUUAAUGUAUUUAUUUAGCUGCUUUUGCUGUUUUAGUAUUCCACAUUAAGGAUAAAGACUGUGGAUAAUGUAGAAGGUGUGACUGGCUCCCUCUCAGCUGACAGUGUUGUGCUCAUCCUGUGACAGUGUUGAAUUAAUAUAUACUGAUUUUUCUGAACCUGUAUUUUACCUUCAUGUCAGCUACCAGCCCAUCCUGUCCUAGCACAUGGGAACAGUAAAACGAUGACACUCACAUGUUUGUUUUCUAGCUUGCUUUGUGAACAAGAACACUUCUGUAGCACCCACAUCGCUCUGAAGAGGAAAACUACAGUGCACACAGUAAAUUAUUGAUUGGGUGACAAACUCAGACGCCAACGAUCUUUCAGUGACUUAAAAUAUAUUUCAACAACAAUCAUUUUA